AUGCAAACUACCAAUGUUGUCAUCCUGGGAACGAACCAGUUGUGGACCGCACCCGAACUGCUGCGAGACGAGGCUGCAGCCUUCGUCGGAACACAGCGGGGCGACGUGUACUCGUUUGCCAUCAUACUGCACGAAAUAUUCUUCCACACAGCCCCCUACGGACUACCAUCCACACCUGCGGAGGAGAUAGUCAACAAGGUCUGGGCGGGAGAUCCUCUCUUCCGUCCACAGGUAGGCAGGUCCUUCUGUAUUAAGCACAAGAGAAGGUCACGCACGUUCGUGCCCGACGAACGAAGACCAUAA